GGAGUAAGUAAUACCGGAGGGCGGAACUACCCUCCCAGUUAAUUUACAAGGGCUCAUGUAUGCAGAAUUGAUAAAAUGUGCAUUUGGUUUACUGAAAAUUAUUGGUGUUGCAGAAUGCAAGGAAAACAUAAAUUUUAUUUACCUCAAGUCUAUCAAUUCUUUGUUGCAAAUUGAUAAAUAUUCCUGAAUUUAUUUUAUUGGUCAGUAAAGAAGUACAAUGAGGAGUGCAUUUUACUGUGCCACUACAACAAACACUUCCUGAUGGUUGGACAAUGUUGCAGACACAGGUAGUAGUGAAGUACCAGAGCUACAGCUUGGGAGAGGCCAUGAAGAGCUCUUCAGUUGCACCAAGCCUGAAACAGAAGCAAGGAGAUGCUAGCAAACUGCAGGAAGGUGUCCCCAACAACCUUGAGCUUAGGCUUGGCAUCUCUUCAGACAAUGGCCUGAGUAGUGGUGGUGGUGGUGCUACUACUCCAUGGCUUGGUGUCGGAGUGCACCCUUGGAGCCUGUCCGCCAGGCAAGACAAGGCGGCCCUGGAACAACCUCAGCAGAGGCCUAAUGAGUGUCCUGCCCACAGAGAAGAUCGCCCUCAACUGGUCGGAUGGCCACCGGUGCGCACAUUCCGCAAGAACCUGUCCGCCACAUCCACAAGGCCUGCAUAUUCUGAAGACCUGAGCAAAGUGGAACCCUGCUAUGAAGAAGAAGACCAUGGAAACAUAAACACUGGAGUUUCAGUUCAAGAGGGGCCGGCCAUGUUCGUGAAGGUGAACCUGGAAGGGUAUGCCGUCGGGAGAAAGAUUGACCUGAACGCACACUGUGGCUACGGCUCGCUGUCCGGUGCUCUGCAGAGCAUGUUCCAUGGCUUCUUGUCAGAUGGCCAUGGGAGGAUUGUAACAAGAGAGGAUGAAGAGCAGCUGGAAUAUCACAAGGGCAAGGGCACGGUGAAGAACUACAUCCUUCUGUACGAGGACAACGAGGGCGACCGCAUGCUCGUCGGCGACGUUCCAUGGGAGCUGUUCGUCGCUUCGGUGAAGAGGCUCUACAUUGCCAAGGACCCUAGAGCUGACAAAAGCAACAAGAAGUAGAACAACGGAUGAUCAGGUGUUGAGGCAGUUCCUGUGCUUCUAGCCGACGGAUUGCAUAGCUCCAACCUGCAUGGAUCUCUCUCGUGGAUCAUGCAGAUAUGGUCUUCCCCUCCAAUGAGCUCACCUGUCGUGUGUCUAGGGGCGUAGUGCGAUUAAUUACUAUAGGAAGUUUUGCUUGUGCAACCGAAUAGAAGAUAGUGGAUUAGCUAAUGUUCAUGUAAAAUAACGCAGGGUGUAAUUAUGUACUGUACCAUAUAUGGUGAAAUAGGUAGUACGGCACCGUUACACUAACAUGCUGAAUCUUCUUCUCCUCGGAAGCGUUUUAUUGAUCGGCGUGUAGCUUCAUGCUCUCAUCAUAGUUUGUUUGAGGAAUUUAACCUCUUCUGUGGGAACAUGAAUCUUGUCACAGAAAGGCGCAAGCGCAAACAAGUUUAUGCCUUUUGUGUCUGGUA